GCAAUGCACAAACUAGUCAAAACUCAGUCUUUCACCCCCCUGCCUGCGGACCGAAGCAGUCGCUAGAGUUUCUUCGUCGUCUGCUUUUAGUGCUUUCUUGGAAGCGCCGGGGUUUUAGGUCAAAAGCCCGAGCAGCCUCUGGAAGGAAAAGAGGGGGAAAGUUUGAAAAGGUCUCCGCGUUUGCUGCGCAAAAGGAGGAUUUAGAAGUUCAGAGCGCAGGGAAAAGUUGUGAACGCAUGAGCUCUGUGAGGUGGACUGAUAGACUCCAGACUGCUUUUGUCUGCUAAUUUCUCUAAUAAGGAGGAAAAGUGUUUUGUCGCUCCCGUUACGCACGGCGAGCGCAGCGCGUUUGUUUGCGCUCUCGUCAAACUAUUGAACGUUUAAUUGACACCUGUUGCGCGACGUCCUAACGCUCUGUAGCCCGGUAAGUGCGUUCCCGUUUCACAAACUUUAACCCGAGUGAUUUCCGCGGAACUUUUUUUUUUUCUCGCAAUGGACAGCGCCGGACUGUUUUGGAGUAUGUUCUUGAGGUGAAUGAAACCUAGAAGAACCCUGGAGACGCAAACGCCGAGUUGAAUCGACCGGAGGUGGAAUUGUUUCCUAUUUUCUGAAGGAACUCCUGCUUUAUAUGCGCUUCAGAAGUCCGUCGCGCAGAGAAGAAGACCGGGUUCAGCUGUCAGGACUUCAGCUCUGGAACUUCGGAGGAACUUUUGGAGAGCUGCACUGAGCGGAUAGAUCGAGAUCUGCGAGCAAAGGAGGCUCUUCGCGUUUCCAUUUCUUGGACGAGGAAGGAUGGAUGUGAGAAUGAACCAAGGACACCUACUUUUGGCAGUGACUCUCAUCGUCUGCAACUCACAGCUGCUGGUGGUCGCCAACUCAUGGUGGUCAUUAGCUAUGAACCCCAUCCAAAGACCGGAGAUGUACAUCAUUGGAGCACAGCCUCUGUGCAGCCAGCUGAUGGGCCUGUCUCAGGGUCAGAGGAAGCUCUGCCAGCUCUAUCAGGACCAUAUGGUUUAUAUCGGAGAGGGGGCAAAGACGGGCAUCAAGGAGUGUCAGUAUCAGUUCAGGCAAAGGAGAUGGAACUGUAGCACGGUGGACAACACAUCCGUGUUCGGCCCCGUCAUGCAGAUAGGCAGCAGAGAAACAGCUUUUACUUACGCCAUCAGCGCAGCGGGCGUCGUGAAUGCGGUGAGUCGGGCGUGCCGUGAGGGCGAGCUCUCCACCUGCGGCUGCAGUCGAGCGGCUCGCCCAGGACCUCCGAGAGACUGGCUGUGGGGCGGCUGCGGGGACAACGUCAACUACGGCUACCGCUUCGCCCGGGAGUUCGUGGAUGCCCGCGAGCGCGAGAAAAACUACCCGCGUGGGUCUGUCGAAAACGCACGCACGCUUAUGAACCUACAGAACAACGAGGCCGGGAGAAUGGCAGUGUACAAUCUGGCCAACGUCGCGUGCAAGUGUCACGGGGUCUCCGGCUCGUGCAGCCUGAAAACCUGCUGGCUUCAGCUGGCCGACUUCCGGCGUGUGGGAGAGUUCCUGAAGGAGAAGUACGACAGCGCCGCCGCCAUGCGCAUCAACCGACGAGGCAAGCUGGAGCAGGUCAACCACCGCUUCAACCCCCCGACCAGCGAGGACCUGGUCUACAUCGACCCCAGCCCGGACUACUGCCUGCGUAACGAGACCACGGGCUCUCUGGGCACCCAGGGCCGCCUUUGCAACAAGACCUCGGAGGGCAUGGACGGCUGCGAGCUCAUGUGCUGCGGUCGCGGUUACGACCAGUUCAAGACCUACAAACACGAGCGCUGCCACUGCAAGUUCCACUGGUGCUGCUACGUCAAGUGCAAGCGCUGCACGUCGCUCGUAGACCAGUUCGUGUGCAAGUAGCAGCCUAGGGACAGGAACAGACGCCCUGGAGAGGCACUGAGCAAUUAGCGGGAGAGGAA